AUGAUUCUAAUGAUUCAUUCACCAAUCUUCUUUACAAUUUUCAUUUUGCUCUUCCAUUUUCAACAUUCAUUAUCAUUUUCCCUCUCAGUGGAGAGACAUGAAAAUGACAUUAUAGUCUCACCCAAAGGCACAUUCACCGCGGGUUUUUAUCCCGUAGGUGAAAAUGCUUAUUCAUUCGCCAUAUGGUUCACUCAAAAACACAAAAACCUUUCCAAUCCUACCGUUGUUUGGAUGGCUAAUCGUGACCAACCUGUUAACGGAAAACGCUCAACACUUUCCCUUCUCAAAACUGGCAACCUCAUUUUAACCGACGCAGGACAGUUCAACGUUUGGUCCACAAACACUAACUCAUCCAAAAAACUUGAGUUGUUUUUGUGCGACACAGGAAAUCUCAUUCUUCGAGAACACAACACUAUUGUUUCCAAUUUCUUGUGGCAGAGUUUUGAUUCCCCAACAGAUACUCUCCUUCCUGAUCAAAGUUUCACAAGGUACAUGCAACUCAUUUCCUCAAAAAGCAAGAAUGACUAUUCAUCUGGCUUCUACAAGCUUUUAUUCAACUACGACAAUCUUCUCUGUCUUAUCUACGAUGGACCUCAAGUUUCAAGAGUUUACUGGCCAGUUCCAUGGCUCCUCAGUUGGCAAUCUGGUAGAUCCACCUACAACAGUAGCAAGGUUGCAAUACUAAGUCCUUUAGGGGAAUUCAGCUCUUCUGAUAACUUCACUAUAACAACUAGUGACUAUGGGACACUACUCCAACGAAGGUUGUCCCUUGAUCAUGAUGGUAACGUUCGUGUUUAUAGCCGAAAACAUGGACAAGAGAAGUGGUCGGUAUCAGCGCAAUUUCGUAUAGGUUCUUGUAAUAUUCAGGGGAUUUGUGGACCCAAUGGCGUUUGCAGUUAUAAUUUCCGUAGUGGUAGAAAGUGUUCGUGCCUUCCAGGUUAUAUCAGGAUCGAUAAUCAAGACUGGUUCCAAGGGUGCAAACCAAGCUUCCAACUUUCAUGUGACAACAAGACAAGUUCAAAUACUCGCUUCCAACACUUACCCCAUGUCAAAUUUUAUGGAUAUGAUUAUGGUACUUACGCAAAUUAUACCUAUAAACAAUGUAAGCAUUUGUGCAUGCGACUGUGUGAGUGUAUCGGAUUUGAAUACACAUAUCGGAAGCAAAGUGGUACUUAUAGUUGUCACCCAAAGACAAAGUUUUUAAAUGGGUUUCAUUCACCACAUUUCCAAAAAUCAAUUUUCUUGCUAUUGCCGAAAAACAAUAUUGAUUUUUCCCACGAGAACAUUGUCAAGGAUGAUAGCUUGGUUUGUUCACAAAAUGCACCAAAACAACUAGUAAGAUUAUAUGUCAAAGGCAAAGACAAUCGAUCAGUGAAGUUCAUGCUUUGGUUUGCAAGUGGCUUGGGAGGAAUUGAGUUCUUCUGCUUCUUUAUGGUAUGGUGUUUCUUAUUAAAGAACAGGAAGCAUUCUAGUGAAGGAAAUCACAACUAUGUUCUUGCAGCAGCAGCAACAGGAUUUACGAAAUUCACCUACUCUGAACUAAAACAUGCAACAAAGAAUUUCAGUCAAGAGAUUGGAAAGGGUGCUUGUGGAACUGUGUAUAAGGGUGUUUUAUCUGAUAAUCGAGUUGCUGCGAUAAAGCGUUUGCAUGAAGCGAAUCAAGGAGAGAGUGAGAGUGAGUUUCUUGCUGAAGUAAGCAUCAUUGGAAGGCUUAACCACAUGAACUUAAUUGGUAUGUGGGGCUAUUGUGCUGAGGGAAAACAUAGAUUGUUGGUUUACGAGUGCAUGGAAAACGGUACUUUAGCCGAUAAUCUUUCAUCAAAUAAACUUGAUUGGAGUAAAAGGUAUAACAUUGCUAUGGGAACUGCAAAGGGCCUUGCUUAUUUACACGAAGAAUGUUUGGAGUGGAUUUUGCAUUGUGAUAUAAAGCCGCAAAACAUACUUGUUGACUCUGAUUACCAACCGAAGGUAGCGGAUUUUGGUUUGUCCAAGCUAUUAAAUAGGGACGACUUUGAUCAUUCAAAAUUCUCGAGGAUUCGAGGGACAAGAGGUUACAUGGCACCUGAGUGGGUUUUCAACAUGGAAAUCACUUCAAAAGUGGAUGUUUAUAGCUAUGGAGUCGUUGUGUUGGAGAUGAUUACCGGAAAGAGUCCAACAACAGGUAUCCAAAUCAAAGACAAAGAAGAGUUGUGUCAUGAGAGGUUGGUAACAUGGGUUAGGGAGAAAAGAAGAAAAGGAUUAGAAGUUGGUUGUUGGGUUGAGCAAAUUGUUGACCCUAAAUUGGGAUCAAAUUAUGAUGUAAAGAAGAUGGAGACUUUGGCAGAUGUUGCUUUGGAUUGUGUAAAGGAAGAGAAAGAUGUUAGACCCACCAUGAGUCAAGUUGUUGAGAGGCUAUUAAGGGAUGAGCAUAAUUAAGGCUAUCCAUUAUUUUCUAGAUGUAAUUAGAUUCAUGGAGGUUGUUAUCACAAUUUUGGAGGUAACAUUUAAAUAACUAAGUGUUUAGAAUGUGAUCAUAGUUUUCACAUUUAUGUUGCUUGUAUGCCUGUUUUAAGCUCAAUCUCAAAUA